CACAUAAAAUAACAAAAAUAUUAUCAUUGAAUUGUUGGGACAAAAAAAAUGAAAAGAAAACAGGGGAGGGAAAAUAAAAAAGAAAACGAAUUUGAUCCCAUUUAGCAUAGAGGUAUAAACAAAUGUUAGAGUUUCCUUUUCUUUUUUCUUUUUUAUUAAUUAGUUAUUUCAAAAAGAAAAAAAAAAAAAGAGAAUGGAAACCCCACCUCUCCCUCUAUUUAAUACAACCCCGCUCUUCGUAUGCGGAGACAACCUAUCUAUCUCUCUAUGUAUCUCUGAAGACCAAGAAAACUUUAUUUUCCAUUCAUAAACACAUAUAGCGAGUUAGGAAGUCAAAGUCUAAUAAGAGCGUGUUAGAGUGCUCUCCGUGAGAGUAUCUCUUUAGUGGAAAAACUCCAUUGUAAUCCAUCAAAACUAGAGUUUUUCGAUCAUCAUCAUCAACAAACAUCAUCAUGUGUAAUCCUACUACUACUUCCUCAACAACCAACGAAACAGAGCAUAAACAGCCGCAAACCCAUCUAUAUCGUGUCCUUUUAUCCCUACCCAACACCAUUAAAGAUCAAGAAAAGACCACCGCAAAAGCUGAUGAUGACCACCACCACAAAGAAUCAAACUACGCUCUAAACAGCUUCACAUCUGACAUAAUCUCCGAAGCCAAAUCCCUCUUCAGCUUGGGCUUCCCUAUUGCCUUGACAGCUCUCAUUCUCUACUCCCGCUCAAUCAUCUCCAUGCUCUUUCUUGGUCACCUCGGCGACUUCCAACUCGCCGCCGGCUCCCUCGCCAUCGCCUUUGCAAACAUCACAGGUUACUCUGUUUUAUCGGGUCUAGCUUUGGGCAUGGAGCCCCUAUGCUCCCAGGCCUUCGGGGCCCAACGUCCGAAACUCCUUUCCAUUACCCUUCACCGCUCUAUCAUCUUCCUCCUGGUUUCGUCCUUACCCAUUUCGCUUCUGUGGAUCAACAUGUCAAGAAUCCUCUUCUGUUUAAACCAGGACCCCAGUAUCACAAAUAUGGCUCAUACGUACCUUCUCUUCUCACUCCCUGACCUCUUCACCAACUCUUUUAUACACCCAAUCCGCAUUUACCUUCGCUCCCAGGGGAUCACCGUCCCGCUCACCCUAGCAUCCCUCGCCGGGACACUUUUCCACUUCCCACUCAACUUCCUGCUCGUGACUCGACUUGGGUUCGGAGUAGCCGGCGUCGCGGCCGCUUCAUCUGCGGCUAACCUUUUCGUACUCCUCUGCCUCGUCGCCUACGUCUGGUGGGAUUCUCGAUUGCUCGAGCCGGCAUGGUCCGCUCCAAGCCGCGAGUGCUUGACGGGCUGGAAGCCUCUUCUCCGGUUAGCUGCCCCGAGCUGUGUCUCCGUUUGCUUGGAGUGGUGGUGGUACGAGAUCAUGAUCGUGUUGUGUGGAUUUUUAGCGGACCCCAAAUCAACGGUCGCCUCGAUGGGUGUGCUCAUCCAAACGACGUCGUUGAUCUACGUGUUCCCGUCGUCGCUCGGGUUCGCGGUAUCGACCCGGGUUGGGAACGAACUCGGGGCGAACCGCCCACACCGAGCCAAGCUAUCAGCUGCGGUGGCGGUGUUGUUGGCAUUUGUGACAGGCCUAUCAGCGAUGAGUUUCGCUUACGGGAUGAAGGACACGUGGGGCAGGAUGUUCACGAGUGACGCUGAGAUCCUACGGCUGACGUCGUCUGCUCUGCCAAUCCUAGGGCUCUGCGAGCUUGGCAACUGUCCGCAGACGGUGGGGUGUGGGGUCCUGAGGGGGAGUGCGCGUCCCUGCAACGCGGCAAACGUGAACGUUAGCGCAUUCUAUCUGGUGGGCAUGCCCGUAGCGAUUGGGCUAAGUUUUUGGGUCGGAAUUGGGUUUUGUGGGCUCUGGGUGGGCUUGUUAUCGGCCCAAAUAUGUUGUGCUGGGCUUAUGCUGUAUGUUGUUGGGACCACAGACUGGGAUUUCCAAGCUAAGAGGGCCCAAAUGCUAACAUGCGCCGGUUGUGAAGAUAACAUACUACCUAGUAUCGAUUGCAAGGGUGAUGAGGAACCAUUAAUUUGCAUUGUGGUGACUUGAUCAAAAUAACCCAACAACAACAACCCAAAUCAGUAACCCAAUAUGUAACUUUUUUUCCCUAGUUUUUCCUUAACAUUUUUUUUUAAUUUAAUUUCACUGUGAUUGUUUAUUACCAUUGACUUUUUUUCUUUCUUUUAAGGAGGAUAACUGAGACAUUUUUGUUUUGUCUUAAUCGUGUGAUUGUUAAAACCUUUCGCUAUACUAUUCAUCUCAAAGUGCUUCCACAAACUAUAUUCGAAAGUUGGAGUGCUAAUAUAAAUAACCCUUAAU